AUGUCUGCCAGUUGUUCAAAGAUCAACGAGAGGUUAAAGUGUAAUAAACCCUUAAGGUGCAUUUUGGACGAAUACGCAAAUGCCCGUCGUCAGGUAAUCGUGGAAGCCUUUCUUAGUGCAUUGACAGUUGGUUGGGACAAAGGAGGUGGCACCUUCGUUACACCGUCGAGCAAACCGAUUGAAAUGCAAUCACACGACCCUACACGUUAUGCUGGAGAUAUGCUAGCCUGGUUACAUCAAGCUGCGGCUUCCGAAAAAGAGUAUCUUCUUUCGCUCACUUCUGAAAAUGCUGACAAGGACAUAAUUUAUGAUUGCUUAAAUAGCAUCACCAGUGGGUUGACGCAUCCGCUUCAACUGAGGCUUGAACAAAUGUUAGUUACAGAGCACAAUCCUGUUCUGUUGUACAAGGUCAACAAUUUGCUUCAAUUCUAUUCCAAUGUUGUCAUGAAUUUAAUGGGCCAGAACUGCACGCUCUACACCACGCUUUCUGACUUGCAGUUACUCAGUUGGAAUUUGUUUGUCAGUGCACUUCAGCGGCAAACAUCGGAACUACUUGCUGAUACCGGCCCACCUCAUCAUGAAUUGCUUCCAUCCAUGUCAGCCAUGGACGUCACGCGGCUACUGGAGGCUAUCCUCACCGCCCAGGAUAUGUCCUGUGCCUUACCUGAUGUCAGGAAGGCCAAAUGUGAGGAGAUUGUAUCCAUAGCUGUGACUCCACUACUCCAACAUUUUGAGAUAAUGGCUCGACGGUUCAUCACAAACGAUAAUCAAGCACCUGACCAGACGGUUGAUCCUACAAUUCUUCCACCUGAGGCUUAUGUUUACCUUGUCAAUUGUCUCCACGCGUUACACAAUGCGCUCUCCCGUCUGGAGUUCACUGGGGCUCAGAUUGCAGCCCUUGCUGCUCGGCUUGAGGAAGUGAUGUCUUGUCUUACCCAAUUACAAGCUGCUCAUGCCAUCACUAGGGCAGGCCUUUACUGUCUCAAUGAGGCCAUUAGCACACCAUCGGAGGUUCCUCUGGCUGAUCGGGGACCAGGAUGCUCACAGCCGGAAGUGAUCAAUGCUUUUCGUGCAUUCAAUACAGUGUACCUAUCAGGUCCUGAUGCGUGGGAACUGCCUGAAACAAGUCAAAUAGCCUUCCCACGUCCACGAAACGCGCUGCGGCGUCGCACCGCGGACCUCGUCCACUCCGUCUACUCAAUCCUCUAUAGAGCAAUAACUGAUCCUACUUCAGGCUACACAAGUCCGUGGCCUGAGGACCUCAGAACGCCAGAACAAGUCGCUGAACUCCUCCUCCCCUCGUCCUAA